AUGCGUUAUUCAUUUACUCUUGGUGCUGCGGCUUUUGCUUUUGCAACAGCAGCUCCUGUCACAAGCCCCUCAAAUUCUUCGAUUUGGGUCACAGAAGUACCUACUUCUGUUCGUCCAUAUGCCAUCCAACAUUACUUGGCUGGCGGCUGUGUAGUUGGCCAGCAGAUUUAUCGUUUCCCAGUCACAGGUCCUUCUUCAGAUUAUGCCUUUUCUCUGAUACAAACGAAUGCACCUGGUUCGACUGCUCUUGGCGUUCUGCCACAUCUUCACGAGGUUCACUAUGAGAACUUCUUCAACUUUCGAGGCCGCUUUCAACUUUGGACAGACAAGUAUGAUGAUCAGAAUACUCGAGUUCUGUUACCAGGAGACUAUGGCGCUGUACCCCACAAUACAACUCACACCUUCCAGAUCUUGGAUCCUGACACUGAAAUGCUUGGUGUGAUCCAGCCUGGUGGCUUUGAGAAUCUCUUCUACGCCCUAUCGUCAGGCAACUACUCGUCUACCACUCUUUCUCCAUACGACCCGUCCGCCAAUGCAAGCUCCGACUCGGCCGCUGGUCCUAGCGCAAGCUUAAUAGCCACCCUUGAAGGUUUUGAUGUCUACGCUCAACCAGACUUUUCUCCACGGUACGACGCUAUCAAUGGCACGGCACCCUCAAACACCACUUGGCAUACAGGCUCCAAUGCCCUUGCAACAGACGCCUACACCCCAUAUUUUGUCGCCAAAGACUACGGACCAAAGUACCUCAACAGCCAAAACGGCUACCAAGUCAUUCAACCAUUCGUCACGGCCACCCAAUCUGCAAGCAACUUCACACUCUCGACCAUAACCACUGAUCGAGUUUCAUCCAAUACUACGGUUCCUACAAGGACGUUUGUUGGCCAUGCCGCGUUCGAGGUUCUGGAAGGACAAUUGCAGGUUGAGAUGUUGGGAGAGAAAUUGAGUCUGUUACAGGGCGAUGUGGUAUUCAUCCCCAGGAACACGAGCUAUAUUUAUUAUAGCGAGGUUGCGUAUACAAAGUUCAUGCAUGUUGGACAAGGAGGAGAGGGUUUGGAUAGUGCGUUGAUUGCCGCUGGUGAGAGUUGGGAUAGUCCUGUUUGGCCGACUUCUUAG